UUCGCCAGUACACUCAGCGGGUUCGGUUCGUUCAGUCAAGCAACACGUCGGGAGCGCGCGCGUGCUGAAAAAUUUCGAUACACCGAUCGUACCUUUCUGCGGGCCACUUGCCAACACACCUCACAUUAGAUUUGACGUGUACGAAGGGGAAGAGAAAGAGAGAGAGAGAGAGCACGAGCGCCAUUGAGUCACAUCGGAGCAAAACAAACACUGGGUAAACAAACGCUGUUUGCCAGCUGCUGGCUCAGUUUCCGGUUCGUGGUGGAAUUACAGUGAAAUUUCAGUGAAUUCCGUGGUUACUUUGAUCAGAACAUUCUCCCUCGCUGCGGGUUAUCGAUUGUGCUGUGCGUCUUUGCAAGCAAUUAGCGUGAUUAGGAUAAAAAUAACACUGUGCCAAACGGUGCCUUAUGCGACGCAGUUAGUGCCGCUUAGGGUGUAUCAUAGUUGUACCUUCCACUCUCCGGUUCGUGAGCGUUUUUCGUUUUUUUCGUGAGAGUUCGCGCGCGCGUGUGUGUGUUUGUGCCUUUUUGCACGACCGUGUUCCGUACCGCUUCCGCGCGUUUCCGUGCGUGUUUCGUGCGCGUAUCACGUGUGUGCGUUUCGGUUCCGCGCGUCGUUCGAGUGCGUUUCGAAGGUUACCCGGUUCGCGGUUUGCGUCCCGUUUGUAGCCGACGCUACCCAUAUAAGGCGUUCUGCCCUUUACAGUUGACCGUCCUUGUGCUUCCUCCCAGCAACUCACGAUGGCAUAUUACAACCAAAAUUAUCACUACCCAAAGAACUGGAAUGCGAACGGUCUCGGGUGGAUUAAUCCGGCCGCGUUCGCCCAGUCUCCGCCCGCCUCCCAGUGGCCAACCGUGCCGACGCCCGGCUCUUCGGGCUACUCGAGCCUUAAUCCCUCCAUCUCCGGCCAAUCCCUCUCGUACGGGUUCAAUCCGAACGUGAUGCCGGCGCUGCCGGACAGUGGCGCCGGUUACCCGCCCGCCGGCAACCAGCUGCCCUAUCCGACGAUGGGCUUUGCCGGGUUCGGUUCUCCGAUGGACUAUACGAUGCCAAAUUUGCCACCGCCGGUUCCCGAUGCACUGCUGCGGGGCGCUGAACCAGCGGCGGCCACAUGCGAGGAAAUUCCAUUCCAAUCCAUCAGCAUCCCGAUCGCCGAGGGCAUGUUCUCGCCGCUCGGAGAUCGCAACGCCGGACAGCGGUCCAGCUUUGAUGUGCAGGAUUUCUACCAGAUUCGCCAGCAGUGCCUCGACAAUGGUACGCUGUUCGAGGAUCCCGAGUUCCCGGCGUCCGCCUCCUCGCUGAUGUACUCGAAGCGCCCCGAUCGCCAUUACGAAUGGUUGCGUCCGCACGAAAUUUGCGACGGGCCCGAGUUCUUCGUGGAAGGUUUCUCGCGGUUCGACGUGCAGCAGGGCGAGCUGGGCGACUGCUGGCUGCUGGCUGCCUGUGCCAACCUGACGCAGGACCACAAGAUGUUCCUGCGCGUCGUGCCGGAGGAUAAUAGCUUCGAGGACGGGUAUGCCGGUGUGUUUCACUUCCGCUUCUGGCAGUACGGCAAGUGGGUCGAUGUGGUGAUUGACGAUCGGCUGCCGACGUACCGCGGGCAGCUGAUCUACAUGCGAUCGUCGGAGCAGAACGAGUUCUGGAGUGCGCUGCUGGAGAAGGCGUACGCCAAGCUGCACGGAUCGUAUGAGUCACUGCGCGGUGGCACCACGUGCGAGGCGAUGGAAGACUUUACCGGCGGUGUGGCGGAAAUGUACGACUUGAAGGACCAAACGCCACCGAAUCUGUUCGAAAUCAUCGAGAAGGGCUUCAAGCGCAACUCGAUGUUUGGCUGCAGCAUUGAGGCGGACCCGCACGUGCUCGAGGCGGAAACGCCGGAAGGGUUGAUCCGGGGGCACGCGUACUCGAUCACCAAGAUUCAGCUGGUGGACAUCGAGACGCCGGGCCGGUCGGGCAAGAUACCGCUGAUCCGGCUGCGCAACCCAUGGGGCAAUGAGGCGGAGUGGAACGGGCCGUGGAGCGACAAGUCGCCCGAGUGGCGCUACAUCCCGGACGAGCAGAAGCAAGAGCUGGGGCUAAACUUUGACCACGACGGAGAGUUCUGGAUGUCGUAUCGGGACUUUACGCGCUACUUCGACCGGAUGGAGAUUUGCAACUUGAGCCCGGACUCGCUGAGCGACGACGAGAUGACGCGGGGCAAGAUCAGCUGGGAGAUGUCGAUGUUUGAGGGCGAAUGGGCGGUCGGCACUACGGCGGGCGGCUGCCGUAACUAUCUCGACACGUUCUGGCACAAUCCGCAGUACGUGAUCCGGCUGGACGAUCCGGACGAGGACGACGAGGAGGGCAACUGUACGGUGAUCAUUGCGCUGCUGCAGAAGAACCGUCGCUCGCGGCGCAACAUGGGCGUGGAGUGCCUCACGAUCGGGUUCGCCGUGUACCGCGUGACGGAGCGGGAUCUCGCCCAGAAACCGCUGAAGAUGAACUUCUUCAAGUACAAUGCGUCGGCGGCCCGGUCGCCUGCGUUCAUUAAUUUGCGCGAGGUGAGCUGCCGGUUUAAGCUGCCGCCCGGGACGUACGUGAUCGUGCCGUCCACUUUUGAGCCGAACGAGGAGGGCGAGUUCAUCAUUCGCGUGUUCUCCGAAACUGCCAACAGCAUGAUGGAAAACGAUGAUAAUGUCGGCGUCGGUGACCUCGAUGAUCGGAUUGCGCCCGAUGUGCCCGGCUACGUCCAACCGUCUCCGCAACGGCAAGCCAUGGAGCGUCUGUUUUUGGACGUUGCCGGAGCGGACGGUGAAGUGGACUGGGUCGAGCUGAAGCGCAUUCUCGAUCAUUCCUUCCGUGAUGAUUUACCCAAAACGUCCUCCCUGAACGGGCUGAACCGGCAGACGUACGCAUCGCAGCAGAACGCGGAAGCCGGCCCGGCCGGUCCCGGCGGCGGCAUCGAGGAUCUGCUCGGCAUGCUGCUGAACAUGUGCUGCAAGGGCGUCCUGGGCGGCGACGGCGACGGUGGUGGCGGCGGCGGUACGCAUCCUUCCGGGCCGGCCAAUUUGGAAAGCCAAAUCGUACCGAACCAGCCGCUGCAUGGUGAGAAUAACAUCUCAUCGGAGGGCUUCUCGAAGGACGUGUGCCGUGCGAUGGUAGCGAUGCUGGAUGUGGAUCACACCGGCAAGCUGGGCUUCGAAGAGUUCCAGCAGCUGCUGACCGACAUUGCCAAAUGGAAGGCCGUGUUCAAGCUGUACGAUACGGAGGGUUCCGGUCGGCUGAGCCCGUUCCAGCUCCGCGAGGCACUGAACUCGGCCGGCUACCAUCUGAACAAUCGCAUCCUGAACGCGCUGGUGCAUCGGUACGGGUCGCGCAGCGGUACGAUACCGUUCGAUGAUUUCAUCAUGUGUGCCGUCAAGAUAAAGACGAUGAUCGAAAUCUUCCGCGAGCGCGAUACGGACGGUACAAACCAGGCCACGUUCAGCAUGGACGAGUGGGUCGAAAAGACGCUGUACUCGUAAACAAAAUGGACACUCCCGGCAAAGAAUGCACUCCUGUAAUGCAUUUUCCUCCCCCUUUCACCACAGCGAAAGGAGCACUUCUCGCUGUACUCGAAAUUGUUGUACCUUUUACACGGAAAGUCGUCAACAUCACUUAUUUAAACAAAAAAAAAAACGCGUCAGGGCAUCUACUGUAGAUCACAUCGAACGAGCUAGCUGCUUGUUUAGUGAUUAAGUUAUUAUUUUAUUCGUCACGUUUAGUUUCUUUUUUCUUUGUGUUGAACUAUAAAUAUGUUAGUUUGCUGUUCACUGUUAAGGAAAGUGAGCAUGCGGUUACGAAAUUACCGCUUCUUAAAAUUUUAGAACUUCCUCGUAAGCAACACACAAAAUUUAAGUGUCUAACACAUCACACAAUCUCUUUUAGGGAAACGUGCACGCUCCUAUCCACGUUGUUAUCGUGUGUAUUAUCUCGUCCGUAAACAAAACAAACAUAAAAACGCGCCAUCACAUGAUCGUUCAAUACUUAAACCCGCUUCCCCGCCACGGGGCGGGGUGUUGUGAGGGAUGAAAUCGAACAAAUUUUAACGUCUCUUUAAUCCGGCGCAAGGCGCUUUUGAUAUUCAUGUUAAUUAUGUUGUGCGUCGUUUUUUGCAGUGUUUUUUUCAGUUUUAAUUUUUUCAUUGUUACAGAAUAAAGUUGUAUUUAUGAAUUACACAAA